GCUCAGCUUACAUUUCCAAGGAAGUGCGUGUGAUUCGUCCUCGGAUAACGCAACAACACAUGACUCCGAACCUAUAAGAAGGGGGAUAGCAAUGCAGCCGAGACAAUCUAACUCCAGGUGCUGGACGAGAUGAUGUGGCGUCACCCCGCCCUCGUCCUUCCUUUGACGAUGUCAGCUUAUUCUCAUGUCGCAUCUUCGUCCUCGAUAUCUUCACUAUGGAAACCGUAUGAAUGGUUUUUCCAAGAUUUUCACUCUUUUGACGGCUUGUGUGGCUCUUGCAAGAAAUCAAAUCCACCCCGGUGCUUGAAAUGGAAUUCCACUUCGUCAACCAUGGCUCUGUUGGGUCGAAAAGCCGCAAGGUUAUCCGUAGCCACGUCAUGAAGGGAAAGAACUCGGGCAAAAAGCACGUUGCUCGGGGUCAAAAAAGGACAAGAAUUGCGACUGGAAAUGAGCCCGCCUCGCCGCCUCGGGACAUGAUCUCUACACUGCGUCGAAUGGUGGGGGACGAUCUCUCUACAUACUCUCCAGGCACUGAGAUGUCGCCUCACACACGACUCUUGUUCCACCAGUACUUCUAUAUACUCAGCGAGGCCUUGUUUCCUCCAGAGUUCUGCCAGGUUCAGAACCCCAUGAAGACAGUGUGGUUCGAUUAUCUCCUUAACGAUAAAGCCUACUUUCAUGUCUCUCUCUCGAUGACCGCAACGUGCCUCGACUUCUUCGAGUACAAGGACCACGAAUCGCCGCAAGCCAUCGCCCACAUGACAACGGCCUUUGCUCUUGUGAACCAGAAACUUUCGGGACCGGAGUCCCUGUCGGAUGCGACCAUCGCAUUGGUAUCCAUGUUGAGUUGCCAAGAAUCGAUAAGAGGAGACCUCAAAAAGUACAAAAUUCACCUGGCUGGUCUCGAUCGAAUGGUCCGGUUGCGAGGCGGCUUACACGCUUUUGAACAAAACAUGGAGCUGUUUCACAAAAUAUGCAGAUCCGACAUCCAGUACGCCCUUCACACAGACUGCCCUGCGUUCUACCACCACGACGCCAUGCCACAGCGUAUCAUGCAAGAAAUCUGCAGAAAUCCAUGUCACCCAGACAGGCCGCUGGCGGACAUCUUCAGUACCGCCGAACCAACAAUAAGAGACCUUGUGCAGGAAAUCGACGGUAUCAGUGUCUUUUUGAGCAACUGCGGCCUGCACUCCAAGCUUACGGCCGAUGAAUUCCAGUCCAUUCUUUCAUCUCUCGGCUAUCGCCUGCUGCGCAUCCGAGAUCAAGGGUACACUUGUCCUGGGGACCUCCAAGGAGCCUGCCUUCUGGGAGUCAUGAGCUUUUACACCAGUCUUCUGCUUCAGUUUGGUCGUCAGCGACAUUUGCUUUACGAAAAGAUUUCCCGAAGACUGAAGUCCUCUGUUCACGUGCUUGAUCUCGACUCGGCACAUUCGCAGUUUUUGCCCACACUGAUGUGGUUACUGAUGCUGGGAGCUAUCUCGGUGUUUGAGAAGGACGACGAUCCUUGGCUUCUACCCGAACUUGCCCGUGUCUCUGAACUAUUGACGCUCAAGGGCUGGGAGGAAACUCACUGUGAAUUGAAGAGAUAUCCAUGGGUUGGCUCGAUUCACAAUGGACAAGGCAGACGGGUAUGGGACAAGAUCCUAAGAUAUCGAGGAGAUAAAAUGGUAUAAAGGAUAAGCAUUUCAAGGUUGAAGAAACUACCAUGGGCCUUCUUGAACUGAUUCACCGUUUUCCUGGCCAUCAAGUUGAAAGAGCUCUUUGAACCAGACCCGGCUCAAUCUUCUCCAGCCUCGCGACAAGUUGAUCCCAUAUCUGCUUCUGAUAC